UUGUUGCUGAUGUUAAUGUCAGUAAUGAUGAUGGUAGUGACGUACAACAACAAGAUCUUCCUGAAAAUACAAAUGCUAAUCAAAAUGGUAUUACUUAUUCUUUAAUUGGAUUAGAAACAGAUGCACCAUAUUUACGUAUUGGUAGUUUGUAUUUCAAAGGCGAAUUUGAUGAAAUGAUUGGCACAGAUUUAGUUUUUUCUCAAGAGCCUG